CCAUAGUUUACUGUUUAUUUACUGGCACAUGUAAUAUGCAUGCUUGGUGCUGUGUUGAUGUUUUCAAGAUAAAAUAUGCUUUAUCAACAACUGAAGCGAAGCUUCUUGAUUUAUUUAAUGUGCUCCGUGCUAGAAGUCUUAGGAUCAAACAACAUUUUGUAUGGUGGAAUUUUAGGUGAGAAUGUAGAUGAUGUGAACGAUACUGAUUCAGAUAUUGCUGAGGUUGUUUUGAUUGCAACAAAUUAUGCUACAAAAUAUGAAUCUUUGAUUGUCUCAAGUCCAGAUCAGACUCAUGUGACAUCAGAACCUGUUAUUCUUGGCUUACAUAAAGUGAAGUUGCAUUAUACUACUGAUGAAGCCACACAUUAUGUUAAAGUGGAGCGCCACCUUGUUAAUGGGAGGGAAAAAAUCCAGACAAGACGUGCAAUAAUUGGAAUCAACUAUAGAAUUAACUUGACAUGGAAAAACAGUUCGAACUUUCAUGAAUUUUUAAUAACGAAGGACAGAGUUCAUCGUUUAUUUAUCUCUCAACACACUUUUUAUCGGAGUGGUUCAAGAAUUUGUACAAAAUAUACCUCGACAUUUGAAAGCAAAAACGUCAGAGACAGGGCUACUGAACAUCUGACUGUCAGUGAUCAAUCCAGUAGCGAAAGUGAUGGUCAUGUGAUUACACCUAGCCAAUCAAUUGCAAGUAUUCUUAGGAAGAAUCCAUUAUCUCUAUGUGGAGAGUGCCAUGGUUCAGAAAGUUACUCUACAUCUCAUUGGAAAGUGCCACAAAAUGAAACACAAGAAGAAUUUAAGAUAUUAUCUUAUAAUAUUUGGAAUUUCAAUAGCGUAGAAAACCAUCCAAAGUACUAUGUGAAAAGAAUACAACAACUUGGAAAAUUGGUUGCCAGCAGUCGAUCUGAUAUCAUAGGGUUUCAAGAGGUACGAUUUGACCAAUCAAAUGGAGCGCACCUGGGGCCAGCACAGGUGCAACACCUUGCAAACCAUCUACCUGCUUAUCAGUUUGUCUAUCAACCAGCUGUGUCGUACUUCUCAGAAAAUCUCUUGAGGGUUGAGGAAGGCUUAGCAAUAUUUUCCAAAUAUCCCAUCAUUGAUCAUGACUAUAUCCUCUUAUCAAGGAAUAUUUCAGAUGAAGAAGAUUCUGUACAUCAGAGAAUAUGUCUUAGAGCUGAGAUUGACAUUCCAUAUAUAGGCCAAGUACAUGUGUUUGUGACACACCUUUCGCUUAGUGCUGCAGCCAGGCUGAGAUCUGUCCGUGAAAUCUGGAACUAUAUGAACACCAUGAGUGGUCCUGCUAUUCUACUAGGAGACUUCAAUGAUGAACCUCAUGGCAAGCCUAUACAGUUUUUGUCUGGAAAAAUUGAUAUAAAUGGGAUAUGGACUCAAAAUUUAAAAGAUGCAUGGAGGAUUUUCCACAAGGAACCAAGGGCAGAUGCACCAGGUGUUUAUAAAGGAGAUGAAAAUAGGGACUAUGGCUUGACCUUCAACCGUCUUGAUCGACAUCUCAGGAAACGUAUUGAUUAUAUAUUUCUUCGGUUACCUGAGUAUCUUGAGCUACAAGAAGUUUCUCUUUUAGAGGAUGUACAAUGGAAACACAAGGCUACCUCAGACCAUAUGGCAGUGGAAGCAGUUAUAAAGCGAAUCGACAGAGGUGGCUAGACAAGGUCAUGGUGGCAAUGCAAGGCAACCUCAGACCAUAUGACAGUGCAAGCAGUUGUAAAGUGAAUUGACGGAAGUGGCUGGAAAAGUCAUGAUGGCAAGGCAAGUCACCUCAGACCACCAGGCAGUGGAAGCAGUUGUAAAGCGAAUCGACAGAGGUGACUAGACAAAAAAUUGCUAAAAAACCCAAAUUUGUUUUUCACUUUAGAUCAACAGUUUCAUAAUCAUAUCCCAAAGUAUUAGUUCUGAAAGCGGUUUAACAAAUUGUUUAUUUAACGUUAUUUUUCAUAGUUCGUUCUAUUAAACAGUGUAUGCACAAAUAACUUUGAAAGGCAAUUACUCAAAA